AUGUGGCCUGUCGCACGUCGCCGUCGAGCCGUCAGUCCACCACUUUACGACAGCUUGUCGCAACAUGCAGCUUACGGCUACAACUAUCCCGUCGCGUACAAUCCACUUGGAAUCGAAGCAUUCUCAACAUCCAAACCAACCUUGCACGCUAUCGAGGCUGCCACACGAGUGCAUGUAACGGCACAAAAGGAGCACGAAAAGGCGAAAGAGAACUUUGAAGAGGCGAAGAAGAAGAUGGAAGAGUGCGAACAGAAGGUCAAACAAGCAGAAGACAUGUUACGAGUUGCGAAGUGUUCUAUAGUAUAUGGGAAUUAA